AAACUGCAAUUCUAAUCGGGGGGGGGAGACCAUUCAUUACUUUACAAUAUGGCUCCAAAAGCACCAAGUGAAGAAAUAUUAGGUCGUAAAUGGGAUCGAUGUUUAGCAGAUGCAACCAUAAAACUAGGUACUGGGACGCUUAUUGGCGCUGUCUUUUCCCUUAUAUUUUUUAAAAGAAAAUCCUGGCCAGUGACAUUUGGUGCAGGCAUUGGCUUAGGAAUAGGAUAUGCCAACUGUCAGCAUACAUUCUAUUCCCAAUUUCCUCCACAUCAUAAAUUUGGCCCCCCUUGGUGGCAAAAGAAUCCAGAAGUAAGAGAAAAGUGGAUGAAGCAAUGGGAAGAAAGGUGGAAAUCAUCUAAACCAAAAGAAGUUGUGGAUGUAGAAAAGGAUGUGAAGAAAGACAACUAGUUAUAUUAAAAGGAAGAUAAGUGAAACUGUUAUUUAUCAAGAUACCUUAACACUCUGUUUUCAAAUGUUAGUAUAGCAUGCACAUUUGAAAUGAUUCUGGCUUUGCCAUAAUGCAUCAUAUUUUGUUAUAAGAGACAAAUCUAAAUUAAAUGCAUAUAUAUAUAUUCUAUACCUGUUCUCAUUAUGUAUCAAGUAUGGUUAAAGUAUACAUGCAAUCAAUUAAUGUAAUUGAACAACAUAUAUAUUGCAUUUUAUAUUGCAUUUUACAUUUAAACCUAAAGGCAAUCCCAUACCCAGGGUUAUCAGUGGGAGGGGACCUGGAGCAUAGAUAGAACCCUAGGUACAAGUUUGAACUAAUUUUAUUUCUUUUUUAUAAAAAUAUGUACAUGAUAAAUUUGCAUUCUUUAAUAAGAGGACAAUUACUGUAGUAUGCACUUUUUUAUUAAGCAUUAGCUUAUAUAUUUUCCUCUACAAGAAUUUGUUUGCAUGCAUCUCAAUUUAUUCCUUGCAUAGUUACUGACAUAUUUAUAGCAUCAAAACAUUUAGAAAAGUCACUAGUCAAUAUAUCAGGCAAGGGCAAAGUCCUAAUUUUUCAUAUAAUUAAUUAUAUGAAUACAUGAUUUACAAUACUAAUCAAACCUAAUAUUUACAGGCUUAUAUCAAUACAAAAAUAAAACUUGUAUUACUUAUAAAAAAUUUACACAUUUUUUAUUAUUUUUGAGAUAA